AUUAACUUUAACUUCGCCACAAGUUAAAAAUAAAGUUAAAUUGGAGUUCCAUUUAUUAGAACCGGUUGAUCUUUAAUAUUCGGACUUCUUCAGUACAUUAAAAAGUUGGCGCCGUCAACAUGGCUCUGUGGGGCGUGUUAUCUAACCUAUUUUCUGAGGUCUGGCGCUUUGCUUUCCCAUCUAAAGAUGACGAGACUGAAGUGCGUAAAAGGCCCCGAAAUAGAAAACCCCUGGGAGAGAAGGAAGAGGGGAGAAUAAAUACCCUGUCUGACGAGGAACUGAGGUCCAGAAGCACGAUCCUUAAACCCACAGACAAACCCUCUUUAGCCCUGGGCGUCGCCUCUGUUGAUUACCAAACAAAGCUGAACAGAAAGAACCAUCAUACACACGAGUUUGAGAAAGCCGGCAACAUCCUACGCCGUGGACAAGUAUUUGUCAUCCGUGUGACCUUUGACAGAGAGGUCAAGUCAGAACAUGACGUCAUUAUUCUGCAGUUUACUUAUGGAUCGCGACCUCAGGAGAGCAAAGGGACAGUGAUCAGAAUACCACUGAAUUUAAAACCAUCGACAAAGUCGUCUGACGUCACGGGAACAUGGUUUGCAGAAGUUCAGAGUAUUGCCAAAAAUGUGGUGGAGUGUGGCAUAAAAUCUGCUUCAGACAGCAGUAUCGGGAGCUACCAGUUCUACGUGGAAACAAACCUGGUGGAUAACAAAGAAUCCCUGAAAAGAUUUAAAGAGAAGGAACCGUGUAUCAUUCUCUUCAAUGCCUGGGCAAAAGAGGACACUGUAUACAUGGAGAAGGAAGAGGAGAGAGCGGAGUAUGUACUGAAUGAGACGGGCAGAAUCUGGACUAGAAAAAGUUAUUCGGGGCGGCCUUGGAAUUUUGGACAGUUUGAUGACCCGGUGCUCGAUGUCGCCCUGCAGCUGUUGUCCGAUGGGGGUUUAUCUGACGUGGCCUGUACUUCUCCAAUCUCCGUCAUCCGAUGUAUCUCAUCUCUGUGCAAUUCCUAUGACAAUAACGGUGUUUUGGAGGGAAGGUGGACUUCGGAAUACCCGGAUGACUGUACAGUGCCCUGGAAGUGGACUGGGAGUGUUCCAAUCGUCAAGGAGUACCACACCAACGGAAACAAGCCCGUCCGGUACGGUCAAUGCUGGGUGUUCUCCGGACUCACCACAACAAUCUGUCGGUGUCUUGGAAUACCUACAAGGUCCGUGACCAACUUCGAUUCUGCGAAUGACACAGACAGUAGCAUGACCAUAGACUUUCAUUGGGACGAGGAGGGGGAACCCAUAGAAGAUAUGAACGAUUCCGUCUGGAACUUUCACGUUUGGAACGAGUCUUGGCUGCGACGUUUAGAUUUACCGGAGGGCUAUGACGGUUGGCAAGCACAUGACGCCACGCCACAGGAGGCUAGUGAAGGAUUGAUGAGGUGUGGCCCCGCCCCUUUGAAGGCCAUAAAAGAAGGUCACGUGUAUCUCUGCUACGACAUAUCCUUCAAAUACGCCGAGGUCAACGGAGAUCGCGUUCAGUGGGUGGUCAAGAGAGAUGGUACCAUGGAAGUAAGCCAAAUUUACCAUCACGCAGUGGGUUCAUUCAUCAGCACGAAAGAGGUUGGAUCCUCCUACAGAGAGGAUGUGACGCACCUGUAUAAAUACCCAGAAGGAAGUGACGAGGAACGGCGAGUGGCCCAUUUUGUCAACAGAUACAGUACAAGGAGGAAGCAGAAUAUUUAUAACCUUGACACUCCGAAGGAGUUAGAAUUCACGAUUACGUCACCAGAGGAAACACUGAUAGGAGACGACCUAGAAAUAAAGGUCGCUGUAAAAAGCAUGACAGAGCAGUCCCGCACAGUUAGUUUGACCUUGACCCUGGUCAAUGCUUACUACACCGGGGUUUCGGGGUCAAGGGUCAAAACUCAAACGUUUAAGGAAACCAUCGGAAACAAAGAUGAGAAAGUGGUUAAAAUGCAGGUGAAGGGAAAAGACUAUCAUCCCAGAAUGAAUCCAGAAGGACGGUUCCAGUUGUUUAUUUCCGGGAAGAAUUUGGAGACUGGUAGACUACAGUCAAAACAAAUCACUUUUGUUCUGAAGAAGCCAGAACUGGUUAUUCAGGCUCCAAAGACGAUAGCAGUCAAUGAAGAUACAGAGGCGACCAUUAUAUUUAAGAACACAACGCAACUCGUUCUGACGCAUGCGGAAAUAGCAGUAGAAGCUUCCGGUCUCCUCACUCCCAAAACAAUUGUUAUCAGCAACCCUAUCAAACCCGGUGAUGAGGUCAAGGAGACGGUGAUCCUUCACCCCCGUAGACGUUACUGGUGGGGCAGGGAUAUCAUCGCCACCUUCACCUCCAAACAAAUCGUGGACAUUGAGGCCAGCGUAGAGGGGAUAAAGAUCGUCAAAUCAAUGGAUGUGGAAGAUAGUGACGACGACUAGGUCAACCAGUGUAGAGGAUAAAGACGAAUACUUUGUCAAUGUAUAUAUAAACGACAACUAGAUCAACGAAUGUAGAGGAAAGUAAAUGUAGUUAUGAUUGUGUAGAUACGAUAAAUAAAGAGGAAAGAUGUAUGAAAUUGAUGUUAAAUAAGAUAGGAAUGAUCUCAAACGAACAUAUCAAUAUCAAUUACAGCAAGACUAUCACUAAAUUAUGCAUUUGCAGUCUUGUUUAAUAUUAAUUCUCGGUGAACUAACACUUAAUUUUUUUACUCUUAAAGAGUAUUUACAAUGCACAUUCAUAUCAUAAUAUGCCAGAAUGACACAUUCUGAGUAAUAAGUGUGUGUAUGUUUUGCUUACAUGAAGAAAAAAUAUCAUAUAGGAAUGUAUGCUUUAUAAAUCUGCUUUAUGUUAGUCAAUAUCUUUAAAUGUUCCUUUCGUAUAUCAUUUCUUAUUUUUAUCUUGCAUAAAAGUAAAAAACAGGCAUAUCAAUUUUAUGUUGUCAAUUAUUGUUUUGUGCAUAUGUUGGAUAGAUACAAUAUGAAAGAACUAGUGUACUUGAACUAAAGCUGCGUUAAAAUAAGAAACCUA